CUGAGAUGAGGGCGAUGGCCCGGCGCACGCUGCUCCUGCUGCUGGCGGCCGCCCUGGCCCCGACCCUGACCCGCGCGGGCUCGCACUCCAUGCGAUAUUUCUACACCAUCGUGUCCCAGCCCGGCUUCGGGGAGCCCCGGUUUAUCUCUGUCGGCUACGUGGACGACACGCAGUUCGUGCUCUACGAUAGCGCUUCGGAGACACCGAGAUACGAGCCGCGGGCGCUGUGGGUGGAGCAGGAAGGGCCUGGGUAUUGGGAGAGGAACACACGGAACGCCAAGAACAUUGAACAGAUUUACCGAAGGAACCUGAGGACCGCGCUCGGCUACUACAACCAGAGCGAGGGCGGCUCUCACACCAUCCAGAUGAUGUAUGGCUGUGAGGUGGGGUCGGACGGGCGCUUCCUCCGCGGGUACAGUCAGCAAGCCUACGAUGGCAGCGAUUACCUGACCCUGAACGAGGACCUGAAGACAUGGACAGCAGCGGACACGGCGGCGCAGAUCACCCGGCGCAAGUGGGAGCAGGCUGGUGCUGCAGAGAGACUGAAGGCUGAACUGGAGGGCACCUGUGUGCAUUCUCUGCGCAGAUACCUCCUGAACGGGAAGGAUGCGCUGCUACGCACAGAUCCCCCAAAGGCACAUGUGACCCAUCAUCCUGGACCUAAAGGUGAUGUCACCCUGAGGUGCUGGGCCAUGGGCUUCUAUCCUGCUGACAUCACCCUGAGCUGGCAGAGGGAGGAGGAGGAACAGACUCAGGACAUGGAGCUGGUGGAGACCAGACCUUCUGGGGAUGGAACCUUCCAGAAGUGGGCAUCUCUGGUGGUGCCUUCUGGAGAGGAGCACAAAUACACAUGCCAUGUGUACCAUGAGGGGCUGCCUGAACCCCUCACUCUUAGAUGGGAGCCUCCUCAGUCCAUGGUCCCCAUCAUGGCAGUCAUUGCUGGUCUGGUUCUCCUUGGAGCUGUGAUCAUUGGAGCUGUGGUGGCUGUUGUGAGGAAGAGGAGGAGAAACACAGGUAGCAAUGGAGGGGAAUAUGCUCUGGCUCCAGCGUGAAGACAGUUGCCUGCCCUGACAGAGUGACAGAUGAUGUAUCCAGGCCCCUCCUGUGACAUCCAGAGCCCCCCAGCUCUCUUCAGGGAACAGUGUCUAAUGUUUCCUGGAAUCUAUGGCCUCAUUGAGAAGAACUGAGGAGCACACCUCACCCCUGCACACUAGUGAUGGUGGCCCUGCUGAGGAGCAGUCUGUGGCAAUUGAAGUUAAGGAUGUCUGCCCACCAGGAGCAAACUCUCUGAUGCUGAUUCUCUGGAUAAGCAAGUGCCCAGGACCACAGACUCCAGAAUGUCUUUCGGUUCUGCUGUGCCUUCGCAGGUUUGCGGCCGCCAUCUUUCUCUGGUGUGUGGCAUGGUGUGAAUUGGUGUGGAGAGAUCCGCACUGCCUGUAGUGUGGUGUGGGAACAACCUGCUCUACCAGGCAGGGUUACCUGUGGACUAUCAUGAAGAUGAUUUCUUCCUAAGCUGUGCUGUCUGACUGAUAAUAAUGUUUGAUGAUAAAAUAUAAACAAGGAAGUGUCUCACAGCUGGAACACACAGGUUCCUAUUGAUCAGCCAUAGACUGUGGCUGAGGUUAAUGAUUAAGAAUCUCCACUGAGUCCCAGUAGCCCAGCUAGUUUAACUAUUUUAAUCUUAAUGUUGGGAGAUGUAUUCACAGGUGUCAGAGUGCAUCAUCGCUGAAACAAAGCCUUAUUAUAGCUUCAGGUUAGAUCAGAUGUUUUGAUGUGAGAACAUUGUAAUUUUUAUAUUGCCUGAAAGAUUUUUUUCUUGGGUAUAUAGGGGUAAGGUAAAGAAUAGAGGUAGAAAGCCUUGCUAGGUUUCCCCACUCAGUUACCAUUAGAGCACCCUUUUGGCCUUCUCCCAUGUGUCCUGGAUGGUUUUACGUAAACUUGAUACAGCCACAGUCAUCUGAGAGGAGAAGCGUUAAUUAAGAAAAUGCCUCCAUAGGAUCAGGCUGUAGGAAAGCCUGUAGGGCAUCUCUCUUCUCUCUCUCUCUCUCUCUCUCUCUCUCUCUCUCUCUCUCCUUCUCUCUCGCUCCCUCUCUCCCUCCCUACUUCUUUUUUUUGUUGUUGUUGUUUUGUUUUUUGUUUUUUGAGACAGGUUUUCUAUGUAGCCCUGGCUAUCUUGGAAUUCACUUUGUAGUGAGGCUGACUUCAUACUGAGAAAUUCACCUGCCUCUGCUUUCCAGGAGCUGGGAUUAAUGUCAAGCACCACUGCUGCCUGACUGGCAUUUUCUUAUUUAGUGGCUGAUGAGAGUGGACAGAGUCCACUGUGGGUGGUGCCAUCCCUGGGCCGAUGGUCCUGGGCUGAGAGCUGGGCAUAGUGGCACACCCCUUUAAUCCCAGCACUUGUGAGGCAGAGGCCAGUGGAUCUCAGUUCAAGGCCAGCCUGGACUAUAGAGUGAAUUUCAGGACAACCAGAGGGUGGAAAAUAAAACCAGGCUGAACAAACCAGGAUGAGCAAGCCAGAAAGCAGCACCCUCCAUGGCCUCUGCAUCAGCUCCUGCCCCCAGGUUCCUGCCUCGUGUGACUUCCUGUUCUGACUUCCUCCAAUGAUGAACAAACCUUUUCCUCCCCAAGUGUCUUUGGUCAUGGUGUUUCAUCACAACGAUAAAAACCCUGACUAGGACACACCACUGUGGGUCUAGUUGCCCAGUAAAGUCCCCGUAAACACGCUAAGGGGUGAGAGGUGGAUGUCUCACCAGAGUUCUGAAGAUUCAAAUCCUGUCCAACGCGACCCCUUAGCUCUUCCAGAACACCAACAUAGCCGCCGCCCUCUUCCACCCUCCUCUAGAAAAGGGUCUUGCAGGUAGAGGCUGCAGUGGGAGGUAAUGAGCCCCUGAUCUACCUCAAACAGAAGCAGAUGGUGGGGCUGGAGAUGUGGUUCAAAGAUGUGGUAAUCUUUGCACACGUUGAUCAAAAGUUGUGGACGCUAAGACUUGGACGCCCAAGGAAAACUUUGCCAUCUCUGCAGCCAGGUCUGUGUUGGUAAUGGCCUUGACAAUGUCCCAUGGGUCAUCUGUUCUUGGAGUCCUCAGAAGGCCAUGGCCGUGUCAAAUACACAUUCACUCAUUGACCAGUUGCUGUUACAGAGGACAUGGGAUGGGUUCUCAGCACCUACACGGCGGCUGACAGCCAUCUGUGACUGCAGUUUCAGGGAUCUCUCGCCCUCUUCUGGGCUCCAAGGGUACUGCACAUGUGCACAACUACAUACAAAAUACUCAAACACAUACAAUGAAAUUAAAAGUCUCUAAAAAUAAUCCAGACAGUGUCUGCCCUGGGUAUUAUUGCUGACAGCACAUAUCCAACUACACAUGGAGCUUUGCGUCCUGUGGUGUCUAACCUGGGCAGAGUGAGCCUCAUCUGAGGAAUUGCCUCCAUCAGAUUGGCCCGAGGGUGUGUUUGUGGGCAUUUUCUUGAUUGCUGGUUUGUAGGGAGCAGAGGAAGUCCUGAGUGAGUGAAUGUGUGUUCGACACGGCCAUGGCCUUCUGAGGAUUCCAUGAUCAAAUGGCCCAUGGGACAUAGUCAAGACCAUUACCAGCACAGGCCUGGCUCCAGAGAUGGCAAUGCUCUUCUUGGGAGCCAAGCAUGAGAGUCUAUGAACUAUGGGUGAACGUGUGCUAAGAUUACCAACUGUGGCUUCCUGCUCACCUGUAGAGACCUCGUACCCAGACUAGCCAACCCUGUCCUCCACUGUACCUAUAAACGUUGGGGUUCCAGGUUGUGGAGGUGUCAGUAGCAUUAGAGAAACCCCCAUAUCCCAGCUUCAUCGCGUGUGUGUCUGUCCUUUCUUCAUUCCCUCACUGCCCCAGCCAGGGUUCUAGGACCAGAGCAGUGGGUGCCGCACAGAUUGAUGUCAGAUGGCCCAGCUCACUGUGGACGCCGCACCCUUAGGCAGGGGCACCUGGGGUGGACAGAAAGAAGCUUGCAGAGGAAGCCAGUGAGACCCAGCCCGUGAGCAUGUCUCAUGGUCUCGGCUUCAGUUUCUGCCUUCAGCUCCAAGGCCGGGCUGUAACCUAAAAGUCAAAUAAACCCUUUCCACUCCACGAUGCUUUUGGUCACAGUGUUUGCCGUAGCAAAGAAAGUAAAGCAGAAUAGCAUCUGAUGGCUACUUGAGUUGGCUCAGGUCUCAGUCAGGGUUUCUAUUGUUGCAACAAAACACCAGGACCACAAAGCCAGAUGGGGAGGAAGUCAGGAUAGGAACUCACACAGGGCAGGGACCUGGAGGCAGGAGCUGAUGCAGAGGUCAUGGAGGAUGCUGCUUACUCCAUCUGGUCCUCAUAUCUUGCUUAGUCUACUUUCUCAUAAAACUGAGGAUCACCAGCCCAGGGACAGAAUCAUCCACAAUGGGCCAAGUCCUCCCCGUGAUUGCUAAUGGAGUAAAUGCCCUACAGGUGGAUCUCAUGGAGGCGUUUUCUCAGCUGAGAUUCCCUCCUUUCCGAUGACUGGAGUUCAUGUGUCAAGCUGAUGUAAAGCUCAUUACCACAUACAGUGUGAGUGUAGUUGCCUGGGACUGGAAAGAGAGAGGGUCCAGGGGCGGAGAGCACUUGGCUUCCCUUCAGAGGACCUGAGUUUGAUUCCCAGCAUCCACAGUAGGCUAACAGCCGUCUGUAACUCUGGGUCAGGGGACCUGAACUCCUUGGAUGCACAGAUGUGCAAGCAGGCAAAACACCAAAUACAUAGAAAUAAAGAACAAAUUUUUAUAAAACUUAUCAGGCAGUCGAUUAGGAGACUUCUGAGAGACUGCAUGCAUCCCUGGAAACAAGAGCCAACAAUUCUGCUGGGCUUUUAUUCUUUUCCUUUACACACUUUCAAAUUCAAACUGUGCUCACAUCAGUGCUCUGCCAGGUUAAUAGAACUCCCUUGGGGCAGAAGCUGUUCCAAAUCUGGCAAAUGUACACAAGGGGAGCUGGCAGUAGCAGUCAGCAAUUGAGCCAUUCAGUGCUCAUCACCACAGACCAAAAAAAAAAAAAACCUCACAUGCAUAAAUAAAAUAAAUAAAUAUUUAUAGAAGCUUAUAAAUAUUAUUUUAUUGUCAUAGCAAAUCUGAGUAUUCACAACAAUCUGAAAAUGUUAAACAUAACGGCUUCUGUGUGUGACUAUGAGGUUGGAUAUUUCUCCUGAUAUACCAAAAUUAUGGUUACAUGAAGGAGGAGGCAGAAAAAUCCAGUUAUCCUCUAACAAAAUGGACAAGAAAAAGAUGUGGGAAAACAUGUGUGUAAGAAAACCUACUCCUCAUGCUAUGAUUUGAUUUUAAGAAUUGUUAUUUCUCAGACAAAAUGCUUCUUCUGGCAACACACAAUAAGAUAAUUAUUUAAAAAUUAAUAUGUAGGAACUGGAGAGUUGGUUCAGUGGUUCAGAGA